AUGUCUCUCCCAACCUCAGAAGAUGGCACACCGCCAGAGCUGUUCGAAUACCAUCCAAACGGCAUUGCCGCCUGCAUCUUCAUCGCAGGCUUCGGACUGGGCACUAUCGCACACCUCGUCGAGAUGCUCUGGCUCCGGACGUGGUACUUCAUCCCCUUCCUGAUCGGAUGCAUCAUGGAAACCUUCUCCUACUACGGCCGCUACUGGCUCUCCCACGUACCUCAAAACUUCAAAGCCUACGUCCUCUACCUCCUCCUCAACCUCCCCGCGCCAAUCUUCCUCGCCGCCACAAUGUACAUGUUGAUUCGCCGCAUCAUCGAAUCCCUUGAGGCGAAUGAGCUCUCGCCGCUCCGUCCGAGCCUCAUGUCGAAACUCUUCGUCGCGGGUGAUAUCAUCUGCUUUGCGGUUCAAAUGGCGGGUAUUGGCCUCUCCGUCACGACGAGCGCGAGUCUGCAACGAACAGGCGGAGUCGUCGUCGUUAUCGGUCUGGUCUUCCAGGUUCUGGUGUUCCUGGUCUUCGUCAUCCUCGUCUGGAAAUUCUUCAGUAGAUGCAAGGAGCAAGUCGGCUCAGAUACCAUCGCUUGGAAGAGAUACAUCAUCGCUCUCCUCGCCGCUAGCGGACUGAUCGUUCUUCGAAACUUGGUUCAGGGGAUCCAACAUGCGGCGGGGAAAGAGAGCUAUGUUGCAACACACGAAGCUUUUGCGUAUGUGUUCGAUGCGGUGCCAAUGUUGGGUGUGGUUGGCGUUUUCGCUGUGUUCCAUCCGGGAAGGCUGCAGAGGUCGGUGAGAGGAGGGAUUGAGCUCUCGAACGGAUUGCGGGAUGAUUGCAGAUGGAUAGCGGGAUCGUACGUUUAG